GAUGGAUGAAUUCAAUUUCAGAGUAAUUAUCGUUCCACAGAAGUUUCAAAACGUGGAACCUGAUUCGUACUUGCAAGAAACAAAGAGAAAACUUAAAGCAUGUGGCUUAAUCGUUAAUAACAUACAUUUUGUAAAUUUAGAAGGGUCUGAAGAUGAAGGCUAUCCUGAAAUCGAGGAAUUAACGAUUCAAGUACAAGCUAUGUUUCGUGAUAAUUUUAAAUUUCAAAAAGUUGCCUUAUAUAAAAAAAUCUGUGAAAAGUGGAAGAAUCAGCAUCUUUUUAGCUAUUGUCCAAUACUCGUUUUACAUGAAAACGAUAGCUUUUUAAACAAAAGAAUAUCAUUUCAUAGCUCUGUACAGUGUAGUGAUAUUUCAUUUGGUGUAUUACCUCACAACGGCACAUAUUUACAGUAUGCAUCUCUUCAAGUAUGCAAGUCUUCUUUACCGCUAAUCGAUUUCUAUCAUGAUACACGAAAUCUAAAAAUAAGGUAUAGGAAUUACGAAAUUUCUAUGACUUACAAUAAUAUCAGGAAAAUAUUUAUUAAUAUAGGUUCAAGUCCCUGCGAAAUAUUUUUCGAUUUAUGCAAUCCGCCUGUAAUAUUUCGGGUUGAGAUAAAAAUUAAUAGAUACGAAAAGUACUCAUUAAAUUACCGCACGUGUGAUAUAUAUGAUACUAUAGAUGAUACAUAUGAGAUCUUAAGACAUUUUAAUUCCACUAAAAAUAAAAUGGAUACUGAUAUUUUAGGCCGGUCAAACGUGUUAAAACUUUCAAUAAACGACAUUGGCCUUGCUGAAGAAAUAGUGAGUAAAAUGCAUUUCCGCUGCAGUGAGAAACCCAUACAUUACAUGAACGUCAGGUCGGUAAAGAAGAAGAAACCCAUAGAUCCUGUAUUUGAAUUUUGCCACUUCGGGUGCACAUAUAUAUUGACAGCAAUAAUUAAAAGAAACUUUACGUUGGUGGAACAGACAUCACAGGUCAAUUCCGAGAUGCAGCAUUUAAGUACGCUGUGCAACGAAGAUGGAGAUUGCUUGGAGAAAGCUCUGAUAAAUGUUUUAAGAGCUAUUGAUUCUGGAAAAAUAAUUAAUUUCUGGCGCGAAAUUGAAAUACAAUAUAAACAUUAUUUGAAUAGCAAAGAUGAAAUAAACUACAAGCAUUACAUUGUGCCUUUAAAAUGUAGAAUGAUUCGGCGAAUCACACUGACGCCUACAAGGACACUUCUUUGGCCUGCAGAAAUAAUGUAUGAAAAUCGAGUACUUCGUAACUUCGAUCCAGAGUAUGCGGUACGAGUUUCUUUCCGAGAUGAUAAUAUGAUGAGACUGAGCUUCUGUGCUGCCUAUGCCGAUGAAUCAAUAUUUCAGGAUUCAGUAACAAAACCCAUGCUUAAAGGUAUUCGUAUUGGCAGUAGAUUGUACAAAUUUCUCGCGUGGUCAAAUUCUCAGAUUCACGACCAUGGAGUGUGGAUGUAUGCUAAAGAUAAAAAAGGAACGACUGUUUAUGAGAUACGAGCUUGGAUGGGAGACUUUUCACACAUACAUUCGGUUUCAAAAUACAUGGCAAGAAUGGGGCAGUGUUUUUCCCAAACCGAAGACACGAUUGCAGUUCCGCUAGAUCCGAGGCAUGUGCGAACGGAAAAUGAUAUUGAAGGUGGAUGUACAGUGAAUGGGAAACCAUAUUGCUUUUCGGAUGGAAUUGGAAAGAUUUCAAUUAGUCUAGCAGAAAAAGUGCACAAAGCUCUUGGACACGACAAGCAUUGCAGUGCUUUUCAAAUACGUUACGGUGGUUACAAAGGAAUGCUCCUAAUUGAUCCAACGCUGAAGGACACCGAUAUAGCGUUUCGAAAAAGUAUGAAGAAGUUUGAAUCACCACAAAAUAUUAAACUAGAAAUUGCAAGGGCAAGCGCUCCAGUGAGAUUGCAACUGAACAGACCUUUUAUCACCAUCCUCAAUGAUUUAGGAGUGAGACAUAGAACAUUUUUAAAAUUGCAAGAAAAGAUGUUGAAAACUUUAGUGCAAAUGCUUUUCGAAGAAGAAGAGGCAGCUGCAUUUUUGAUAUCUAAAACACCAGUUUUGCUGUUCCCAUUUAAAGAAUUGACUCGUUCUGGCAUUUAUUUGACAACAGAGCCGUUUUUUAGAUCACUUCUUCUAGCACUGCAUAGACACUGUGGUGAAAAACUUAAAUCUAAAGCUAAUGUUUCAAUUGACCCAAGUCAGGGGAGGAAUAUGCUUGGGGUUCUGGACGAAACAGGUUCACUAAACUAUGGAGAAGUUUUUGUACGGUACACUGAAGAUAUUCUCCAAGGCGAAACAGGAAAAGAUACCAUUGUCUUGAAAGGUGAAGUGGUUGUGACGAAAAACCCGUGCCUUUUACCAGGGGAUGUGAGGAAGUUCAUUGCUGUUGAUGUGCCCGAGUUGCAUCAUGUUGUGGAUUGCAUUGUUUUUCCUGGAAAAGGGCAUAGACCGCACCCAAAUGAAAUGGCUGGUUCAGAUUUAGAUGGAGAUGAAUACGCAGUUUUAUGGUUACCAGAUUUAAUUUUUCAUCGCAAGAAUGCAGCACCUGGAAAUUUCGAGAAUUUUCGAGAACCAGAUAUUUUUAAUAUAACCGUGAAAGAUAUGGUCACUUUCUUAGUAAAAUAUAUCAAGAAUGACCAAGUUGGAAUAAUAGCUAAUGCACACCUUGCUCAUGCUGACAGAGGUAGUAUUUUCUCAAAUGAAUGUAUUAAGAUUGCGAAAAAGUUCCAUAUCGCUGUGGAUUUUGCAAAGCACGGGAGAACUGCCCAUUUAGGAAAGUUCGAGAGGCCGCUGAAAUUUCCAGAUUUCAUGGAAAAAAACCACAAAGAGACUUAUAAAUCAAAAAAAGCACUUGGUAAAAUGUUCAGAGUUUGCAAAGACUUGGAAUCAGAGAAUGAAAAUGCAAGCAUUGAUUAUCAUGACAUAAAGGUGGAUCCUUGUUUAAGGUAUCCAGGAUGGGAAAAAUACAAGGAAGAAGCUUUGAAAAGUAGAAAUAAAUACAAUGCCUUGCUUCGAGCAUUUUUAAGGAAUUACGGUAUUCAGCAUGAAGCUGAAGCAUUUUCUGGAGCUUUCACGAAUCUUCACUGCCGAUUUCAAGAACGAAAUGAUCGAGCUGAAAUAGAAAAAGUUGUUAUUGGAUGCAUUAAACGACUAUCAAAAAGUAUGCAUGAAGAAUUUCUUGAAGAAUUUAAAACUUCUGUGAAUGUCAAUCUGACUCAAAAACGUAUAUUACAAAAAGCUUCUGCCUGGUAUAUGGUCACGUACAGUGACAGUGAUGCUAAAUUUCUUAGUUUUCCCUGGAUUGUUUCUGAACUUUUAGCCAACAUAAAGAUUAAAAAUUCGUCUUUUAGUCCAGUAAUAGUCUCACCCCUUAUUGCUAAUAUGGACGUCCAGAUAAAACUGUGUGAAGCUAAAAAUGUUUUACCCAGUGUUCUACAGUCAAAUAUUUGGUUAGAUUAUAAAUUUCUGUGUGAUCCUGCAAUAGUGAAGCUUGCAAGCAAAGUAUUGGUUCUCUGGGCUGAAGAUGAGCAAAUUAUUGCAAAGUCUGGUGAGAGUCAUACAGGAUUUCUGUAUCCAGAUAAUUUAAUCAGACUUUUUCUUCAUGUUUCUGAACUUGCGCAGUAUGUUUACCAGAAAGAUAAAUCUGUCCCCGUUGUGAGUAAAAAAAUUUUCACACCAGCUGCUCUCGUUUUAGAAUUUCUUCGAUUUUGCACUGACUUACGAUUUUAUAAUAAAUAUGAAAUACCUGAUAUACUCCCUUUCACAGUGUAUAAAUACAGUAAGCUCGCUAAGGCAGCUGUUGUAGCAUACCAUAGGUUUGCUUUGUCGGGUGAAUUUUCUUAUUUGUCUUUUGAGAGGAUAACAACAAUAGAGAAAAUAAAUAUGAAACCUAUGUACAUCGAAAGUAGAAUUUUCCGUAGAAUUCCUAUUGAUGAACAGACAUUACGAAAAGCAGAAGAUGCUCUAAUGAAACAUUCAGGUAUGGAUGAGAUAAAUAUGAGGGAAAUACACCAGACUAAAAAAGUUUGUAUUACUGGGUAUGGUUCUGAAUUCUCGAUAAAGGUAUUAAAAGGCAUUUUGAGAAAAAAAUACGCUGUAUUAACGCAGCUUUUUGUGUAUGGAACAUUAUCAGCUGAGUAAAUAUUUUUCAAUCUCUUUAUUCAUCUAUAUUUUAAAAUAAUUUCUACUCUUAUUUACAAAUCAUCAUAAAUUAAGUGAAUUCACAAUGUUAUAUGUAUUGUAUGUGUCAGUUAAUUAAGUAUUGCUUAUUUUAUUCUGUUUGUGAUUUUGUAUUUUUGUAAAUGAUAUCGUCUGUAUUUUUCAGAACUUUCGCUUGGAUAAAGAAAAUUAUUUCUCUUUUUGAUAUAUAUAUUUUUUAUUAAGUUUCAUGUUAUUCGAAAUGGUUUUUAUAAAGACAUUAGCAGCUUUCUUUUAUUGUUUUUCUGCGUAACUUGUUUAUUUCCGUCUAAAAAAAUCAAGUACUGAAUUUAUUAGAAUGUUGCACAUGUAUUUGUUUCUGUAUUAAAAA